AUGGUCGAGGCCAGACUCAAACCCAAGCUCCUGCAGUGGGAACUCUGUGUCCCCACUCAGCCAGGUGAUGAAUGUGAGCGACAGUAUCAUGUACAGCUCAGAGCAGUUUAUCCACAUGGACCUUCCAGCUUGUGUGGAGGCUCUUUGAUCAGUGACCGCUGGAUUCUGACUGCAGCUCACUGUCUGAAGCCAGGAGGAGUUGAGAUCGCAGGUUAUGGUGCCAUCACUGGACUAGCUAAUGAGAAAAGAAAACCUGGUAAAUCACCCUCUCUUCACUGUGCAGAGACUGAGGUUGUCAGCUGUACAGAGCUCAAUGAUAUUUUACAGAAAAAAUUCCCCGAGGUCCACCGAGUCAAGAGCUAUCAACACUGGUUCUGUGGACAAAGUCCUGGGAAAGAUAUAUGUCGAGGAGACUCUGGUGGAGGAGUGGUUCAUAAUGGCAGGAUUUAUGGGGUCUCUUCUUUUGUGGGAGAUCCGGACUUUGUAUGCAGAGCACCGGCUGCCUUCAUGGACCUCUGUGAUCCUGAGUAUGCAGAUUGGAUCAGGAAAACUAUCAACCCAUAAAAAGCUGUGAGGUGUGGAUGUAAACAAGCUGAAAUAAAUAAUCUUUUAGAGUUUAGCUUUGCAAAAGCAUGCAAAACGUAACGGAAGUUGAAUAAAACACAAUAGAAAUAGAAAAAAAUGCCACAAAGCUGAAAAACUGAACAAAAAACAAACAGAAAACAAACACAAAUUACAACAGAAAUAAUAAUAACAAUAUAAAAAAACCACAAUAGAAGUAGAAAAAACCCUUCUCAUCCUAAAACUUGGUGGCAAAGUGGAAUAUGGUAAGGAAAGGCUCAUUUAAGUGCUUUCAUCACUCAAAGGUUCCUGUUAAUUAUGCAUGAAGUGAUUUCUGGAGGGGAAUGAAACUUAACUGAAAUGCUCCCUGUGACAUUUUGACCUGUCAAACACAGGCGUAACUCCUGUUAUUCAUUGUUGUAUUGCAGGUCUGCUGUGCACGACGUCUGUGAAUCUGAGUAAUUUGGUUCAGAUGAAGGAAUAAGACUGCUCAGAUGCUUUGGGUGUCACGUAAUGAUUCCUCAGGUUAAGGUGUCUUUGGUGCCCUAACUAACUGUCUGUGCACAUUGAAUAGAAAUCCUGCCAUGACAGAACACACUAAUGCCUUUUCAAGGGAGAACCGAUCCUAAUCUGAGCUGUCAGCCCCAAGUUCUCUGCAGUCAUCAAAUCAAGCAUAAUCUGGUUUGAACAGGCUCCCUGCCUCACUGCAAAAGCCUUUUUACCAGCUGCUGUUUGACAAAUUGCAAAGCCUCUGAAGAGACUUUA